AUGUCGGCUUCAAGCUAUAAUGUUUGCCUCAUUGGGCUGGGGUCUAUCGGCGUGUCAUUUGCCGCCCUACAUCUACGAUAUGGUGACGGGACUAUAACCGUAUUUGAUACAAGGUCGGACCUGAAAGAGCAUAUUGAGUCUGUGAUGCCGGUGUAUCUUGGAUCCGAUACAGAUUCACCAACAGUAAUUGACCUCCAAAGUCAAGGACGACUUAAAAUUUGUUCAUCGCUGAAGGAGGCAUGCGCCGAAGCUGAUAUUAUCCAAGAACAAGGCCCAGAGCAACUGGAUUUCAAACGCAAGAUCUGGGCCGAAAUCGAGAAAUCCGCUUCACCAAGGGCCCAUUUUUGGACUUCCACUUCGGGAAUCGCAGCAUCCCUACAGAACGAAUUGAUGCAGGAUCAGUCUCGCCUACUGGUUGUUCACCCUUUCAACCCCCCUCACAUUAUGCCCCUCAUCGAGAUUGUGCCUUCGCCUCAAACAUCCCCGGGAGAGAUCGAGUUUGCACAAAGAUAUUUCACAUCUCUUAGAUCGGGGCAUAGGCCUGUUGUCAUCAAGAAAGAGCUACCUGGGUUCGUCGGCAACCGUAUCGCCUAUAUCAUAUUCAGGGAGGCUGCCUACCUAGUCAAGGAAGGAGUUGUGGGCGUGGAGGAUCUCGACACAAUCCUCAUGGCGAGUCUUGGGCCUCGGUUUGCCGUGCAGGGUCCAUUCAAAGCAUAUCAUAUGGGUGGAGGCGUAAAAGGCAUCCGCGGAUUCAUGGAUAACCUCGGCACGACAAUUCAGGAUGUGUGGGAUAGUUAUGAAUAUGUCAACCUGGUCACGCCAAACCACCAAAGCGACUCGACUUGGUUGGAGAAAGUCAUCAAAGAGACGGAGAGCGCAUAUGGGUUGCCAACGCCGGCUGAGUUUAACUCAAGAGAUAUGAAGCUACGACAAGUGAUUAACACUCAGAAAUAA